AUGAAGGCGACUUUUUACUUUGCAGCAGUGGCCUUUUUCGCCCCAUCUGUGCUCGGCCACUGUAUUGUGACUGGCAAUAACAGUGCCUGCAAGAUAACCUACGCCUGCGAUAAUGGGACUUUGCCUCCACGAAUUUGCGACCUGAUCGAAAAUGGAGGUACUACCUACUGUUGCAACUAA